UGUGACUUAGGUAGGCAGCGCAUGAAAAAAUGCUACUCUUCAAUGAUUGUGUUGUCGCUCUUGAUGUUGCUAAAAGUCACUUGUUAGUCCAGCUGUGUCUCUAUCAUCUGUACACAAACUCACCAGUCGAAAGGGGCCUGUUAGUUGACUGCUACUGGCUCUUGUGUGUAGGAGGUGGUGGUUUUGACAUGUCAUAGCUAGCACCAGGCUCAAGGAGGGGCAGGAGGAGGGAAGGUGGAAGAGUAUGUUUCACAGAGCGCUUUCAGUUUGUUCUCAAGCAGUCAGGUAUGCGCCUUCCACAGCAUGACGGGGGCUCUUCAAACAGCAAACCGGGAACUGCUAAGAUAAAAACAUUAAGUUAGGAGAGUUUUGGACGUUUUUUUUUAGCUGGGCUUCAGAUUGUCAGUAGGAGAGUCCCUCCUGCCUGAAUCCACGAGAGCACCAUGCAGUUCUGGAGCCUUCUCAGCUGUGCACAGGGAGAUAUUUCAAGGAUAUCUUACUACACAGAGUAUGACGGACACCUAGCACCCACUAAAGGUAUGGCGGCGGCUUACCUGGACCCCAACCUGAACCAUGCGCUGUGUCCAGGGGUCAAGCCCCGGCUCAGUGCUGGGAUGGAGCGUCCUCCUGGUAUGCUGGAGCGACUGCUCAAGAUCUUCCACUACUUCGAGAGCAGCAGUGAGCCUUGCACCUGGGCGAGCAACAUCCGACACGGGGAUGCCACGGACGUCAGGGGGGUCAUCCAGAAGAUUUUGGACAUCCAUAAGGUGAAGUGUGUGUCCAGCUUCGGUCUGCGUCUGAGCCACCUCAAGACGGGGGAGGUGCACUGGCUGCACCCUGACCUGGGGGUGUCCCACGUGAGGGAGAGAUUCGAGCGCAUGUACCCCCAGGAUGAGUGGAGGUAUGAGCUGCGGAUACGCUAUUUGCCGAAAGGAUUCCUGAGCCAGUUCACUGAAGACCAGCCAACACUCAACUACUUUUACCACCAGGUUAAGAGUGACUACAUAUUUCAGACAGGGGAUCAAGUAGACCAAGACAUUGCACUUAAACUGGGCUGUCUUGAAAUCAGGAGGUUCUUCCGGGACAUGAGAGGAAAUGCACUGGACAAGAAGUCAAAUUAUGAAUUAUUAGAGAAGGACGUGGGGCUGAGGAGAUUCUUUCCCAAGGGGUUGCUGGAAUCUGUCAAGGCAAAAGCACUGCGGAAGUUGAUCCAACAGACCUUCAAACAGAUUGCCAACCUCAACGAUGCGCAGUGCAUCCUCAAGUUCUUCGAGAUUCUUUCGCCGAUCCACAGAUUUGACAAGGAAUGUUUUAAAUGUGCUCUGGGGACCAGCUGGGUUAUAGCAGUGGAGCUGGCCAUCGGUCCUGAAGAGGGCAUCAGUUACCUCACAGACAAGGGCUCCACGCCCACCCAUCUGGCUAACUUCACGCAGGUGCAGAGCAUCCAGUCCUCCUGCCUGGAGGAGAAGGAACGCAAAGGCAUGCUUCUGCUGGAUGUGGCCGGUGCUCCUGAGCCUCUCACGGUCACCACAUCAUGUAUGACCACCGCCGAGAACAUGGCCGACCUGAUCGAUGGCUACUGCCGCCUGGUCCAUGGCACGUCUCGCUCCUUCAUCGUCCGAGUGCACAAAGAGGGAGAGAGAGCCUUGCCCUCCAUACCCAAGUCAAUGCCAAAGUCAACGCCAAAAGUCUCCAACCAUGACAAGCGCUUGGAGGGCGUGAGGACGAGGGCCAUAUCUGUCUCAGGUAAGAGCUCGUGCAGGACAAGGGGCCAUAUCUGUCUCAGGUAAGAGCUGGUGCAGGAC